AUGACUGCUCUGCGGACAUCAGAUGGAACAACUACAGAGAAGGGGGAUGGUGAAAGUCAUCAUUCCUCGGCAACCAUGUCCACUUGGCGUCUCACCAUCUGGGUGAAGGUGGACAUGUCAUUCCAAAGUGCCACUCUCGAAGACGCGAUGCGAGGAUUGGAAUGGGAUAACAUGGAUAGGAAAGCUGACGACCGGCACUUGCACCAUCUUCGUUUCGAUGACAUCGUUCUGAUAACAUCAAGCAUCGAUCACGAGAGACGGAUGCUGGCCGAAUUUGAUGAAACGUGA